AUGGCCCUCGAGCAGUCUUUGGCCCAGCUUUCUUUAGCGUCAGUCUCCGCCGAAAAUGCGUUGACAACCAAAACCUUGGUUUUCAAGCCAAAAACAGCAAAAACAGCCACCCCAGUCCCAGUGGUGGUGAUCGCAUUGCAAGACACCAAAACUCCAACUUCAUUGGUGGCGGCCUCAGCGCUGGUAAAGGAGCCCCGAAUGGCCAGCGCCGACUUGGUGGAAGAGUUCUUCAAAGUGGCACCUACAGAGGUAUCAAUUGCCAAUUUGCAUAAAGAUUUAGCCGGUAAAAUCAAGAUUUUACUUGACCAAAAGAUCACUGAAGCUGGCGAAACUCCCUUGGAAUUGGCCACCGCGUCGUCCAAGGCCGCGCUUCCCGCUAACGUGGUGGUCAAGUACCUUGAAUCAACUGGAAUAGAAACUGUAGUUGUGGAUUUCACGGCUGCUCCAUCAGCUCCAGCCGCUGGUGCUUCCAACGACGCCAAAGCUCGUAAGACCGUCGCCAAGCAGAAAAAGGAAGAGUCCAAGCGCGAGGACGCCAAACUCAUUGGAAUAACUGUAGACAAGACCAAGGAUUUUUCAGCUUGGUAUUCCGAGGUGGUGACUAAAGGAGAAAUGUUGGAUUACUAUGACGUUUCCGGAUGUUACAUCUUAAGACCCAACUCGUACCAUGUCUGGGAACAGAUCCAGGACUGGUUCAAUAUCCAGAUCAAGAAGUUGGGCGUUCGCAAUGCAUACUUCCCCAUGUUCGUCUCAUCGAGAGUUCUCGAAAAGGAGAAGGACCAUAUCGAGGGAUUUGCACCUGAGGUUGCGUGGGUCACCAAGGCUGGAAACUCAGAGCUUGAAGAGCACAUUGCCAUCAGACCAACCUCCGAAACCGUCAUGUACCCAUACUACGCCAAAUGGAUCCGUUCUCAUAGAGACCUUCCUUUGAAACUCAACCAGUGGAACUCGGUGGUUCGUUGGGAAUUCAAGCACCCACAGCCAUUUUUGAGAACCAGAGAGUUCUUGUGGCAGGAAGGACACACCGUUCAUUUGACCGACAAAGAGGCCGACGAACAGGUGAUGAAAAUCUUGGAUUUGUACACCAAGAUCUACGAAGAGCUUUUGGCUGUUCCUGUGGUCAAGGGUAAGAAAACUGAAAAUGAAAAGUUUGCCGGUGGAAACUAUACCACCACCGUCGAGGGAUUCAUUGGUGCUACCGGUAGAGGAAUUCAAGGUGCUACUUCGCACCAUCUCGGUACCAACUUUUCGAAAAUGUUCAACAUUACCGUUGAAAAUCCCGAAGGUGCUGACAAGCCCAAGGUAUAUGGUGUGCAAACCUCGUGGGGUUUAUCCACAAGAGUCAUUGGUGUCAUGGUUAUGACCCAUUCCGACAACAAAGGUUUGGUUCUUCCACCUAGAGUUGCCCAGACACAAGUUGUAGUUAUUCCCGUUGGAUUGACCAGCAAGACAGCUGACGACGAGAGAAAGGGAAUUAACGACGGAGCAGCUGACAUUGAAGCCCGCUUGAAUGCUGCGGAUGUGAGAGUCACUUCUGACUACAGAGACACUUACACCAGUGGAUGGAAGUUUGCCAAUUGGGAGUUGAAGGGUGUGCCUUUGCGUGUUGAAUUCGGACCCAAGGAUAUGGCCCAGGAGCAAGUCACUGCCGUCAGACGUGAUAAUGGAGAGAAAUACACCGUCAAGUUGGCCGAGUUGGAAACCAGAAUUCCCGAAUUGCUCGAAACGAUGCAAAAGGAAAUGUUGGAAAAGGCCCGUGGUGACUUCGACAAGCACCGGGUGAAGGUGGACGAAUGGAAGGACUUUGUGCCCACUCUCAAUGCUAAGAAUGUCAUUUUGUCGCCAUGGUGUGGAGACGCCGAUUGCGAAGACGACAUCAAGGAUUCCUCAGCAAAGAACAACAACGGCGAGGACGAGGAAGAAGACGAGCGUGCUCCUUCGAUGGGUGCCAAGUCGUUGUGUAUUCCAUUUGAACAGCCAGAAUUGAAGCCGGGCCAGAAAUGUGUCAAGUGUGACAGAGCCGCAGUCACCUACUGUAUGUUCGGCAGGUCUUACUAG